AGCAGCAUAGAUCUCCCAUCAUGCCUUCCUCAACAGAGUGUGAACAGGCCUUCUUGGAGGCCGUCCAUCACGUCUUCACCAGCUGGACUGCUCUCACUCUCGUCAAGGAGAACUGUGACUGUAACCCGAGGGAGGCCUCGCAACGUAUCGAGAGUAUCGCAGACACGGUCGUAGCCGAUCUGCGGGCAGGUGGGGCUAAGCUGUCUAGUGAGAACAACGACCAAGUCCUCAAGUUGGCUGAUAAACUUUUCGAGAUGAUCGCCAACAACUUCCAGAUGGUACUAGAGGACGGCUCCGAUGAGGACGUUGCAUACAUGCUCAUUCGACUAUGGGAAUCUUGUAGUCGAGGGGACCUCAGUGUUGCUCGGGAGGUCGUCAACGCUACACAAAAUCGUGAUCAAUCCAAGGUUUUGGAGCAGUGUGCCGAAGAGGGCCAGGAGGAAUCUUCCGAAGGGGAUGGUGAUGAGGAACAGGAGGAGGGUCCUGAGCAAGACCGGCAGGAGUCUAAGAAGGAGCCCGAGGUGGACGAGGAUGGUUUCCAGACUGUGACCAGAGGCCGUCGUCGUCGAUAGCUGCUCUCAUUUCCACUGCUGUUACCAUACGUUCCUUUCCCUC